CACCGAAAAUUGCCGGUUGCUGAUGUUCGUACUACUCCAACCCAACAACCUGCGUCGCAGAAUGUGAGAGGCUCGACAACUCUCAGAAUCACCGAGUCCGCUGGUAGUCGACGAGAAGGUCAUGAAGGGCUUCAUGCUAGACUGGCCAAUACCGAAUCAAGCUCAGCAGCAUCUCUACCGGCUCUUCGGUCCAGUGGUAAAACUCCCUAUGUGGUCGACUCCUCUAACAUCAACUAUCUUAUUCGAGAGUUUGGCUUGCCUGAUCAAAACGCCUCGGAUGCCCCGCCUAUCGAGGAAUACCUUCAUAGAGCCAUGCUAGAGCGGCUUGAUCAGCCAACAAUACAGUAUAUCGAAGGUCGUCGAAGUUUCACUAUUAGGCGGCUCAAGAAUGAAGGAGCUUUCGAUCUGCCGGCGGGAGACAUAACCACUGCUCUACUGCAGGUCUUUUUCCAGCAUGGCUUUCAUUCGCUGUCAAUUACCGACUGGUCUAAUUUCAUGAAAAGUAUUGAAGCAGGCACGGUUUCGCAUUUGUUGUUGAAUGCAAUGUGCAUGGUUGCGACUCUUUACUGCCCUGAUUCUCUCAUUCACGAGGCUGGCUUUGUAUCCCGUUUUAUUGCCAGUCUCACCUUCUAUCAUCGAGCCAAGGACAUUUAUGAUGCUGGGUAUGAAACCGAUGCAAUCGCGGUAAUCCAAGCCACUUUUCUCCUCUCCCAUUGGUGGAGUGGCCCCCUCGAACAGAAAGAUCCGUGGUAUUGGCUGGGUGUAACAACAGGGAUGGCGCAGGCGCUGGGCAUGCAUCGAUUGAGAUCAUACUCUCAUCUUCAAUUGAGACACCGCAGGUUGUGGCGAAGGUUAUGGUGGAUAAUUUAUGCUACAGACAUUAAUUUUUCUUUGUGUCUCGAUAGAGUACCCCACGUGCGCGAUGACUUUUGUGAAAUAUCAAUCCUCACAGAGGAUGAUUUCGAGGAACCCUCGGGCUCCACUUCCAAUGAUUCUUUCGGAGAAAUAGUUCACGAGCAAGUGCUUUUCGUGAUACAUUAUGUCAAACUUGCUAGAACAGUGAACAUUUGCCAUCCUUUCCAACCGUGCGAGGAAACUACCUCUUCACCAAACAAUUUCCUUGAACGAAUCUCGUCCUGGCAUAUGCUGCUUCCGUCUGAACUGCGAUUCCCGUCUUCGAGAAAAAGUGUGUGGGUUAUGUUGACUCAAUUAACCUAUGAUCAGUACCAGCUUCUUUUCCGUCGAAAGGCCGCAGACGCUGCACAGAACAUGGGCCCUGGCUCCCCCAUAUUUGAAAUAUGCACAAACUUGUUCCGUAUACUCGAGGAUAUGGUGACGAGCGGAACCUUAUUUUCUGUUGCUGGUCAUGUGUUACCCUCCGUAAUGGCAUCACUCUGUUUCCAUAUUGCGAACAUCAGUAACGGAGACGCACAAAUCCGACCUAUUUCUGAACAUCGAGCACGCUUUUGCAUGCGCAUUCUCAAAGAUCUCCAUGCCUCAUGGCCCAUAAUUGCCUCUGUUUACCCUUUUUUCUCAUCAGUGUUUAGGCGACACUCUGGCUUAUCUGUUUCGGAAUUCGAGAAGAGCGAACUGGGUGGUCCUCAACCGGUUCAGCGAACAGAUAGUACUGAAUCUUGCAGUGAAGAUGCUUCCCAUACUGUGGAAGGAGAUUCUUGGGUGUAUGAGCGGUUUCUACAUGACGAGAAUUCGGCCGUUGUUAAUUCCGCGUUUCCGUUCAGUUAUCUUUUUGAAGAUGUUUUUCUCACCCCGUCUCUCAAUGAUUCUUCAUUGUGA